AUGAAAGCUGAAGCUCUUGCAGCGUUCAAACGAUGCUGCGAUGCUGUAUCACCUUAUUCUUGUGUUAAAAAGGCGCUGAGGCUCCACGAUGACAAGCUCGUUGUCACUUCUUCAUCGAAUGCCGUUUCAUUGCCAUUAUCGACAUCUACUCGUUUUGUUGUCACUGCUUUUGGAAAAGCAUCGAUUCCCAUGGCUAUGGCGGCUGAGCAUCAACUAGGACAACGAAUGCACGACGGAAUCGUCAUUGCUCCGAGUACUUUAGAAAACAGAGAGACGACCCUACGUUCGCGAGUAUUCUAUGGUGCCAGGAACAAUUUACCUGAUUCGGACUCCGUGGCUGCCACCACGGAGGCUCUUCACUCUAUUCAGAAGAACGAUGCGGAUGAUGUUAUAUUCCUUUUUCUAAUUUCAGGUGAUUUUAUAUUAGAAUUUGAUUUGAUUCUUUCUCUCUAG